AUGGCUUCCCAACCCAAGUAUUGCACCGUGCCAGAAAUAGAAAAGGGAUAUCCAGUGCCACCGUCCUCGGCCUCUCCUCCUCCUCGUGGAUGGUGGUCACGACCAAUAGUGACUUUGCCGGCAACUAAAGAUCGUAAAGCCACUUGCAUAGAUACUACGGUUCGCCUUUCACCUUGUUUCGGCGGUAUAUUCACCGUCAUUGCCGUAAUGGUAUAUUUGUUUUACUUCCUCAACAAUGCUCACUGCAAUGCCAAAUUCACAAUCCAAUCCAUCGCCGUCUCUCCCUCCUCCGCCACGUGGCACGUUGAUUUUCUCGUCAAAAACCCUAGCUCCAGGUAUACUAUCCUCUACGGAGUUAAUGAAACUGCUGUGAAGCUCGGUCCCUUACACGCUGCCGUUUUGAAUACUUCUCGUGAACGUAAGUCUCCAAGUCACACGGCUUUCUCAGUGGAUUUCGUUGCCGAGGGAAACUCAACCGACGUCAUUUUUGAACAAUUAGAUAUUAAGUUAAGGGCGAAUCAUAAUAUUUUCGGAGAUAAUCCUGAACCUGGACAUAUUGAUAUAAGGUGUUAUAAUCUGACCCGAAACCAUGAGAACGUCGAGAAGGUUCAGUGUUACUCGUCUUUCACAGCAUUGGAACUUUUUGCCGAUUCCGUCUCCGUAUCAAACACAAACGUUUCAGCCGCUGAUUGGACGAUGGGUCUUGUUGCGACGAGUCCAGUCACCGACUGUAAAUUCUCUUUACAUACACUCAAGUCACGUUUACUCCGUGGGGAUCAAGUUAUCUCCAACUCAUCAUCUCCUUCUGAAAUUUUCGGUGAGUUUGGCUCCGGAAACAAACCGAAUAUCGUUUUCGAGAAGGUGGUAAUGCCGGAAGUUACUGGAGACGUGGUUUGGGAUUAUCGGGUUGAGACUUGGUUUGCAGUGAACACACGUUUUACGUACGGGAACGGAUUUUUGAUGGCGACUUGUUCUGAUAUUUCAGUGAAAUUCACGGGGAAUACGACGGGGAAUGUGACGGGAUCGUUGCUUGGAAAUCGAAGACGAUGCGAUUAUAUUUUCCAAGAAAUGUUGGCUUAA